AUAGAUUACACAUGGGUUCUUCUGUGCCGAGGUUAGUUAUUCUGCUUGUUUUUUGUUUUUCAAUAAACACAAUAUUUUGUUUAGGACGCAAAAGAAAGUCAGGAAACGAGGCCUUGCUUCAAUGUACUCUUAAACAAAUGUGUGAAUGUGGUAUACGCCAGCGUUUUGAAGACUGCUAUGAGCUUUUGACAGAAAAUUCGAAGACCUGGGCGGUAGACGAAUUGAAUUCGUGCAAUAUUUUUGAUUUGGAGUACGGCAAAGUGCAGGAAGACAUAGAAAAAAUAUGCUCGGUUGAACGAGAAGAAUUGAGACCUUGUUUCAAUGAAUUUAAUGACAAAGCCAUGAAACGAAUUAUAGAAGCUUCAAGUGGAAUGCAUGGCCCAUAUGAAAGUCCAGCAUUUGAGGAAACAAGGAAAUGUUCUGAAGCAAUUCUUGCCUUCUGUCAAUCUACUCCUGAUAUGUGCAUGAGCGUUGGUUAAGAGAAAAGGGCAAAGAAAAAAAUCAUGAACUCUCAAUUAAGUCAAGAAAUUGAUUGCAACACAGAAGGCAAGAAAUUUCCUGUCUUUCCAUGGAAUUUUAUCAUUGCAAAAUAAAGAAAGAUAUUUUCAAUAUAUUUCUUUCUCACUGCACACACUGAACCCGUGAAAUUAUAUUCCAAAGCAUGUACAUGUAAACUUUAUUGAUCCAUGUGAAUCAUUUUCAAUAAAUUCUUUCAAAUGCAUGAAA